UUAUUCACAACUCUUCCUUUGCUCUCUCUUUCACAAACUGUUCAUUUUUUCUCCAACAAAAUCAUGACUCGUCCAAGUUCUUCUCUCUCAAUUACUAGAGCAAAUAAUAAUAUCGUUUUGGGUUUUCUUGCAAUUACGAGCUUUGUACUAGUGGCUGCGGUUUCUGCUGGUAACUUCAAUCAAGAUUUUGACUUAACUUGGGGUGAUGGACGUGCAAAGAUUCUUGAAAAUGGCCAGCUUCUUACUCUGUCUCUUGACAAAACUUCUGGUUCUGGGUUUAGAUCAAAGAACCAAUACUUGUUUGGAAAAAUUGACAUGCAGCUGAAAUUAGUGGCUGGAAAUUCUGCUGGAACUGUUACUGCUUACUAUCUAUCUUCUAUAGGGUCAGCCCAUGAUGAAAUAGACUUUGAAUUCCUGGGUAACCUGAGUGGAGAUCCUUAUAUUCUCCAUACAAAUGUGUUCGCCCAAGGAAAAGGAAACAGAGAACAACAAUUCUACCUUUGGUUUGAUCCUACCAAGGACUUCCACACCUACUCCAUUCUUUGGAAUCCUCAAAGCAUUAUUUUCUAUGUAGAUGGGACUCCUAUUAGAGAGUUCAAGAACUUAGAAUCAAAUGGCAUUCAGUUUCCAAAAAGCCAACCAAUGUGGAUAUAUUCUAGUCUCUGGAAUGCUGAUGAUUGGGCCACAAGGGGUGGGCUUGUAAAAACAGAUUGGACCCAAGCUCCAUUCACUGCUUCCUAUAGAAACUUCAAUGCACAGGCCUGCAUUUGGGCUUCUGGCUCCUCUUCUUGCUCCUCCUCUAAUAACUCAUGGCUAACGCAAUCUUUGGACACCACAGGCCAAGAAAGAAUCAAAUGGGUGCAAAAGAACUAUAUGAUUUACAACUAUUGCACUGACACCAAGCGCUUCCCUCAAGGUCUCCCUCCUGAGUGCUCACUAAAUGUCUAAUUAUAAAAUGUGUUAAUUAUUAAUUCUUUUGUCUUGUUUAUAAUAAUAUUAAAAAAUAAAUUAUAGAUGUAAAGGUAUUUUUACCUAAAAA